AUGGAUGAGAAAUUCGAUCGCCGGGAAAUGUUAAAGAACGCGUUGGUCGCCUCGGUUGGCGUCGUCGCGGCGACUCCGAUGCCGGUACGUUCGUUCGUUCGUUUGGUUUUACCGAUGAUCAGUCGCGUUUUUAUGUGCUUCGUUGUCUUUCGUCUCGAUCAUCAAAAGGCGGAGAAGGAAACCCGACGCGAAAGCGCGUUUGCGCUCGCGUUGUUCGGUAUCGGCGAAAAGUCGGACGCGAAGUACGAAGAGGACACCAAGGAAGUCAUCAACCAAGUUCGCGAAGUUUUGGACUUUCCGAUGGGCGCCGACGGGAGAGAACAGUCCAUCGAAAAGACGAGAGCGUUGACGAACGAGUGGGUCGCGAGGUACAGAAGAUCUGGGGAUUAUUCCGGCAGACCGUCGUAUGGUCUCACGUAUUCCGCGUUGAACGCGGUGUCUGGGCACUUUAAUAACUUCGGGACGAAAUAUCCGUUUCCGGCGAAGAGAAAGGAUCGAGUUUUUGAGGAGUUGACGAGUGCGGAAACCCAAAUUUCCCGAGGUCGCUAA